GAGAAAAUGCCGUUGCACAUACGCGUGAACCUAUUGCGUCAGAUGUAACAAAUAGCACUCCAAACACCAACGAAACCGAAUCUGUCCCCAGUGCACCUUUACCAUUAAUGUCAGCAUCUACCUCUGAAGGGCAACAAAUUAAUUCAUCUUUGGUAGCGUCAAAUGACACGUUAAACGCUUCCUCUGAUAAAUCUCAGGCCACUCAAAUUGCAGUCGGUUCACCCUCAGUUCACGCGAACAAGAAUCCGGUUACGAAUGUGGCGGUUAAUAUUCAGCCGGUUUAUCCGAAUAGAACACCGGUUCCUAACAUCAUGCCCUUUACAACUCAAGUAUCGCCACCUUAUAUUAAUCAACAACCAGUUCCUACGAUGAUUAAUGGGCCAUCAUCUCAAAAUAUGAAACAACCUACCAAUGGUCAAAUUGGUAAUGCAUCUCCUACUUACGCUCAACGUUCGAAUACGCCCAGACCACAAACAGUUGGAAGUGGCCCAGCAUAUACUCAGGCAUCAAGUUCUAGAACACAAACGACUGGCAAUGGUCCAGCAUUUGCGCAACAAUUACAAAUCCCUAAAGUUGCGUCGCAAGCAGUUCCACAUACUGUAAACG